CAAGGCAUGCAUUUACACACUCACAGAAACCGCAUCCUGCCGAUGCCCAGACCACGGGGGCAGUACCGCACGUCCCCCCGCCCCAAGCCCCUUUCCCUCACGCUGCUCUCUUUGCCUCCCCUAGGCUCAGCGAGGGCUUUGCUAUGAUUGCAGCAGCAGCCAGCUCUACCCGCUGCCCGGACCCCUCGCCGCACGGUCCAGCCGGGCUCCGCUCCCCCCGCCGCAUGCCCCCUGCCCGGGAGCAGCAUGGGCAGCGUCAGUAGCCUCAUCUCUGGCCACAGCUUCCACAGCAAGCACUGCCGAGCCUCCCAGUACAAGCUCCGCAAGUCAUCCCAUCUGAAGAAGCUCAACAGGUACUCGGACGGGCUGCUCCGCUUCGGCUUCUCCCAGGACUCCGGCCACAAGUCCAGUUCCAAAAGCAGCAAGAAUGAGGACUUCUUUUACAUCAAGGUCAGCCAGAAAUCUCACGGCUCCCACCGAGCAGACUAUACGUCGCUUGCCGGAGGGGAGCUGGGCAGCCAGGCCGGGACGAGCGGCAUGGACUUCGGGACGCCCACGCCGCAGAAGCUGAUGCCCUUCCCCAGUCCGCUGGAAGUGGGCGCGGAGAAGCCGCCUGCACGACCGACCGCCUUCAAACCGGUGCUGCCCCGGGCCGGCGCCAUCCUCCACUCCUCUCCGGAGAACGGGGGUCACCUCUCCCAGCAGCUGCACCCCCCGGACAAAUCCAAGGAGCAGGAGCUGAAGCCGGUGCUGUGCUCGGGGGGUCUGUCCGACUCCGGCAGGAAUUCCAUGUCCAGCCUCCCCACCCACAGCACCAGCAGCAGUUACCAGCUCGACCCCCUCGUCACGCCCAUGGGACCCAUCAGCCGCUUCGGGGGCUCAGCCCACAACAUCUUGCAGUGCGCCAUCAUCCAGGACAGCAACAUGAUGAGCCUCAAGGCCAUGUCCUUCUCCGACGGGGGCAACAAGAUCCUCAACCCCGGCAAAGCCCCCCACCACCACGCCGCUGAGAAGACCACUUGCAUCCGUUCGCCCAUCUCCACGGACGAGUCCACCAUCCAGGAGCUGGAGCAGAAGCUGCUUGAGAGGGAGGGAGAGUUGCAGGAGCUUCAGUCGAGCUUCGAGGAGAAGGAAGUCAGCUCCUGCCAGGUUUAUGAAGAGAAGCAGCGGCGCUGCAAGGAAGAGCUGGAGGGUCUCAAGCAGAAGUGCAACAGCAAGCUCAAGCAAACCUCCCAGAAAACCCAGCGGACACAGCAGGUCCUUCACCUCCAGGUGUUUCAGCUGCAGCAGGAGAAGAAGCAGCUCCGGGAGGAGCUGGAGAACCUCAUGAAAGAGCAAAACCUGCUGGAGACCAAGCUGAGGUCCUACGAGAAGGAGAAAACCAGCUUCGCCCCAGCGCUGGAGGAGACCCAGUGGGAGGUGUGCCAGAAGUCGGGCGAGAUCUCCCUCCUGAAGCAGCAGCUGAAGGAGUCCCAGACAGAGCUCAACACCAAGACCACCGAGAUCCUCAGCCUGAAGGCUCAGCUGAAGGAGGUGAGGCUGAAGAUGGAAGGGCUGGAGAUGAAGACCCAGGACCUGGAGGGCUCCCUGCGCACCAAAGCCAUGGAGCUGGAGGUGUGUGAGAACGAGCUCCAGCGCAAGAAGAACGAGUCCGAGCUGCUGAGGGAGAAGGUGAACCUGCUGGAGCAGGAGAUCGUGGACCUGCGGACGGAGCUCGCCGUCCUCAAGGAGCAGCUGAGCGAAGCCCGGGAGGUGGCCAGGCCCUGCGCCGUGGUGGAUGAUGCUCAAGCCCUGCAGGGAGAGGUGGAGAGGCUGAGGGCAGAGCUGAAGGCAGAGCGGGACAACAACGAGCAGAUGACCUCCGGCUUCCAGCAUGAGCGGCAGACGUGGAAGGAGGAGAAGGAGAAGGUGAUUCACUACCAGAAGCAGCUGCAGCAGAGCUACCUGCACAUGUACAAGAGGAACCAGAACCUAGAGAAGAUGCUCCAGCAGCUUGCCACAGGGGAAGAUGGCAAGGAGCCCAUCGAGCUGGACAUACCCGGCGCUGACGUCCCCUACGAGGACAUCAUUGCCACUGAGAUCUGAGCCAGAUCUGCCUUCUCCUCCUUGCAGCUCGGGCGUCUCUUCCAGGCAAGAAGCGCUGCCCCGCAGCUCGGCCCGCACCCUGUACAGUUCGGAUGAGCCGUGUAUUUAUUAGCGGAGCUGGUGGCCUGGCCACCUCGCCAGCCCCUCUCCCCUCCCCGCGUCGUGGCGGUGCCCUCCCCGCCUGUCGUGUUACAAGAGGUGAACAAGCAACUUGUGCCAAUGGUGACGUGCCAGCAGCUCCUCCUUGUCCCCGCUGCCGCCUCAGCAGCGUCUUUCUGCCCCCUUGUAGGACUGAGAAGCCGGCGACGGGGGUGGUCAGGGAACAGGACUUCAGCAAAUAAUCUCCCGUCGGGUAACGAGAUGAUGCAAAACUCCCAGGGGAUGCUCUGCUCCAGGCUCAGAGGGAUCCCGUGAUGGCACAGCUCCGGGGAUGGGGACACCACAGCCCUUCUCACCGUCUUCAAGAGGAAUCGGCCACGGCACACUUCCAGCCACCCCCUUCCCACAGCCCAGAGGAAGCUGCUCUCACCCCUCCUGAACCUCCCUCCCGUCAGAGCCGAUUGCUGUGGGACCAAGGAGCCACCUCCUGCCGCCAGCGCAGGCUGCACACCCACCUCUCCCAUCCUUGGGCUGCUGUAGUGCCUCAGGAAGGACCUACCCACGCGCCCCCACCUCGAUACAGCCAACACCCCCACCGGAAUCACCUUUCACUAACAAGCACAGCCCACCCCGGCCCCUGGCCACAGCCCUCCUCCUCCUCCCCGGACCCGCACGGCUGUGGCGAGCCCAGCAAUCCCCGCUGCCGGACAAGGACCCAGUGUCCCCUUCCUCCAGCUGUCAGACGGGCAACUGGAUUUAAGAAUUCACAGAAAUUUCUAAGCCACAGUCUGACCCAAGGAAUCGAGGGGUAUAUCGGUUGUGUUUGCCCCGUGACCCCACACACUCCCCCUUACUCGCUGCCACUGAGGAACCCCACUGCCUUAUCUCCUCCCACGUCCUUACGUCCACGGGAUCCCGCCAACAGGAGCUGGUUAAACAAACCCAAACCAACCAUGUUCAUUUUGUUUUCUGCCCCAGCUCUUCACAAUUCCUCCUGCCACCAGCAAGCGCAUAACAAGGCUCCACUGCACAUCACCAGCAGUGACUCUCCUGUCCCCCCCACAGCUCAGCAUGGCCGGGGAGGGAAUCAGCCAGUGUCCAGCUUGCCAGGGUGGAGGCCUCCAACUGGGACCACUUUGUGCUAGUGCAGAGGUAUUUUUACUGCAAUAUGUCUGUUUACCCACUAGCUAAGGGGGCACCAGCCCGGGAAGCCUCGUCCCAGUGUUCUUGCAUGAUUCCAUGCCACAAAUUUGGCCAAGGGCUCAAAGCUGUGCACAAGCAGCAAAAUUCAGCAUCCCUCACCCCGCUCCAGCCAGCCUGUAAUGGCGACACACAGAAACCAGUCUGUGCCUUCUGCCCCUGCCCCCAGACCCCCGCCGGGGCAGCCCGGCCGGUCCCGGCGCUGGCACACAGCACAAGCCGACCCUUAGCCAUGGUCCGCUGAGAAAAACCAACCUCAGAUCCCCGUUCCAGCCCUGCGGCUGUAGGCCGAGGCCAGGUCAGGUCAGCCAGCCUUUGCCCAGACCUGCUGAAGGAUGUUUUGGAGAGCAGAAGGAUUAGGGACAAAGGAUGGCACGUGGCUGCGCUCCGGCUCGCGAGGCCAGAAGGGAUUUUCUGCAUCAUCCGAGCCAUAGCCCUGCAUCCCCUCUGCACCCGCGUCGCAGCCAGAGCACAGUGACCAGGAGCUUUCCAGUGCCAGACACACGGGGUGCCAAGGGGAGCAGAGCCCCCCAGCUCCCCCCCCAGGCUGCCCCAUCCCCGCAACACCCAGCCCUGCUCCCGCUGGCCUCAGCGCCACCGUCCCAGGUCCCCGUCGCCCCAGGCGGCCCCGUGUCCCCCCCAGCCAGCGCUGUGUGAUGUGAUCGCCCGGAGGCAUCGAUGUGCUGCCUUUGCACAACGCUGUGUGUGACCGUCCGCGUCGCAGCUGUGUCGCUCCCGGUGUGAGCCGCGGCCCCCCCCGCGCCUGCUUGGCGGCCGGCCGCGCUCAGCCUGUACAUAUAAUUAUUUUUCUGGAGGUUUUUUUUGGAUGUUAUUUCUGGUGACCGAUGUAAACU